UUCUGCUCCCUCAAUCCCUCAUAACUUGGGGUACUCUGGCCGUCUGGCGACGAUUAGAAAGCAGAAGAGCGAAGAAGAAAACUCGAGUCUUGACUUGCUCGAUUGAUCAAAAAGCCCUUUACUUUCAAUCCAGGUACCAUUCUUCUUUGUCGAAGAUACUGUCUGAAUGAUCUCCUGAGUUUAAUAUUUGAUUUAGUAGUAUUUUUUAUCGAAUCCCCACAAUGUAUUGUAAUCUCGCAAAGACCCAAGCGUUUGCCACGGCAAUCAGGAGUUCUUCACAACCCAGAUACUUAAUACAGUUUCAUGCCGAAGAGUCGAGGUGUUUGCGAAUUGGGUUCCAGCAUAAACCCCUGUUAAACCCUAUGUCCGUCCACUUAACUACUGCCCCACAUGAAUUGCGUUACAAGAACUGUAAGUUUGUCAACAAAUUUAGACCCACAAAGAUUUCCAGUGGAUUUCGUAAUACAAAUGUUGAACUAGAUAAUAUUGUGAGGACCAGGAGGAUGUCAAGUGUGUUUAAGCUGAAGAGCAGCAAUAGGGAAAGCUGUUCUUUAUCAGGAGUUAGAAGUUAUUGUAGUUUUCGGGGAGUUGGUGAAAGGAGUAGCACUGUUGGAGCUGAGAAUACACUUCCUUGGUUAGCAUCUAGCAAAGCUAAGGCUAGAAAAGGGUUAGAGAAAGUGGCAUCGGCAAAGCCUGCUCGUUCUUCUUGGGAGGAAUCAGCAGAAAUGUUACGUAUGUCUGGCAGCUCUAAUCAGAAGGAACCUGAAAACAGGCUAGAGAAAGUCAAAGUAGUCAGAAAUGUUCAUUCUUCUUGGAAAGAGGUAAAAGUUGCUGCAAGGAAAGACAGUACUCACACAGCAGUAAAGGAAGACAAUAGAAAUAGAAUAGCAGGUACAAUGAUAAGUAGGAGGAGUGCUUUUGUUGACAGAGAUGAAAGUGUUGAAGAAGAAGCACAAGAAGAAGAGGAGGUUGUCGAUGAUCCCAGAUGGUAUAAAAUUAAGAGCAGUUUCAGAGGAACGGUGGGAGUCAAGACUGUGUCUGAGAGGCCUGAAGUUCAAAGGUGGAAUAAGCAGGAAAAUUGGGGUAGAAAGACAUGGAAAGAGGCCACUGAGUCGACCGUACCAAAAAUAGUUGGUGAAGGAGUAUAUGGAGUAGGUCCUGUUUUGGCAGCAUUGUCUGCUGGAAGAAGAGAGUUUUAUGCAUUGUAUGUUCAAGAAGGAUUGGAGUUGAGUAGUAACAGUAGAAAGAAGAAGGACAAGAAAGGAUUUGAGAAGGUGUUGCGAAUUGCUGAAAAAAAUGGGAUAAGUAUAAAGGAAGCCCCAAAGCAUGAUCUCAAUAUGGUUGUUAAUAACCGCCCCCACCAGGGACUGAUUUUAGAUGCUUCUCCCUUGGAGCUGGUGAAAAUAAAGGAAUUGGAGCCCAUUUUAGCAGAGGAAGAUAGGAGUGCUCUUUGGGUGGCCUUGGAUGAGGUUACAGAUCCUCAGAAUUUGGGGGCAAUAAUUAGAUCUGCUUACUUCUUUGGAGCUUCUGGAGUGGUGCUAUGUGCGAAAAAUUCAGCGCCAUUAAGUGGUGUUGUGAGCAAGGCAAGUGCAGGUUCACUAGAGUUGAUGGAGCUUAGGUAUUGUAAGAAUAUGAUGCAAUUCUUGGCAUCAUCAGCUGAGAAUGGUUGGCGAGUUCUUGGAGGCUCAGUUUCUUCGAAAGCUGCUCCUUUGAAUGAGAUUGCUCCUGGCACACCAACAAUACUUGUUUUGGGUAGCGAGGGCACUGGAUUGAGGCCCUUGGUGGAGAGAUCAUGUACUCAGUUGAUUAGGAUCCCUGGAAACAUUCCUGUUAAUGUAACUGUAGGAGAAGAUGAUGAUAUAGAACCUGCUGAAGAAAGCAUUGGAUGCACAGGUGAAGAGUUCCGAGCCUUCAUGGCUGUGGAGAGCUUGAACGUGAGCGUUGCUGCAGGUGUGCUUCUUCACCACUUCAUUGGCAACAAUCAAGACUACAAUAGCAGUGGGUAGGCUAAACCAGUCAACAAGUUGGAAUGCGAUUUCAGGAUCAAUUCAUUUAUGCUAAUUAUGUUCUCAUUUACCUUUUCCAAACCACCAUAUGGGGAUGGGUUCACAGUUUUUUUUUUGAGGUAAGUUGUUCGGUAACCUCUGUGUUGAAAUUUAUGAGUAGAACAUUUCUCCUAUCCAUACUUGCAGCAAUUGUUUUCCUUUCACCCAGAUCAAUCCUUGUGAAGGCCCAAAUGAAGGCAGCUACAUGUUCCUGUA